AUGGCAAAACCCAACAACCUCACCUACUUCACCAGAAAAUCUCUUGUUAAAGAACACAAAUCUGAUAGGAGUGAUGAGGAGGAGGAAGAACUGGAGCCAAGAAGUGACUUGGAAGCAGGUAAACAGCUGCCAUUUAUUUACGGAGAUGUUCCUCCAGAAAUGGUGUCUGAGCCCUUGGAAGAACUGGACCCAUAUUACAGGGAUAAAAAUACUUUCUUAGUAUUGAAUGAAAGGAAAAUGAUCUUCAGAUUCAAUGCCACUCCAGCCUUAUACAUUUUACCUCCUUUCAAUCUGAUUAGAAGACUAUCUAUUAAGGUUUUAGUAAAUGUCCUAUUCAAUAUGUUUAUCAUGGGCACUUUUAUGAUUAACUGUUUCUUUUUGACAAUGUGUACAUCUCCAACCUGGGCAAAGACUCUAAAGUUACUUUUCAUUGGACUAUAUACCUUUGAAAUACUUAUACAGAUCAUGGCAAGAGGCUUCAUUGUAGGACCUUUCACAUUUCUUAAUGAUCCCUGGAGCUUGUUUGAUAUUCCUAUUCUUACAAUGGCGUAUUUGAGCAUAUUUGUAAACCUAGGCUAUGAUUCAGCUCUUGGAAUUUUCUCUAUAUUGAGAAUUGUGAAAUCUGUUUCUCUAACUAUAGGUAAGAAAUCUGUUGUGGGGACCCUGACUCGGUCAGUGAAGAUGGUUUCUCAGACAGUGAUUCUAACUAUGUUUUGCCUGAGUGUCUUUGCUGUCAUGGGGAUGCAACUAUUUAUGGGUAAACUGAAGCAGAAAUGUCUGCGAUGGCCUCGAGGAGAGGGAAAUAUCACUGAGAUACCAUGGGACAAUGAAGGUAAGUACUAUUUUUAUUAUUUGGAAGGACAAAAGGAUGCUCUCCUUUGUGGUAACAGUACAUAUACAGGUGAGUGUCCAGAGGGAUACAUGUGUGUGAAAGCCAGCAUGAAUCCUGAUCACAACUACACAAGUUUUGAUAAUUUUGGUUGGGCUGUGUUGACGCUAUUUAGAUUAAUGACCUUGGACUAUUGGGAAAACCUUUACCAACAGAUCCUACGUGCUGCUGGGAAGAUCUACGUGAUAUUUUUUAUUGUCAUAAUUUUAUUCUGCUCCUUUUAUCUGAUGACUUUGAUACUAGCUGUAGUCAUCAUGGCUUAUGAAAAACAGAAUCGAAUAACUAUUAGAGAAGCUAAGAAAAGAGAGAUAAAAUACCAGGCAUUGUUAUGUCAACAGAGAAGAGAAGAAAAAGCUCAGGCAAUGGUAGCAGAAGGAAUAGCUGCAGAUGAAAGAGUUGUUGAUCAAAAUAUAGAACUUUUGGAAAAUUCUUCUGAAGCAUCCCAGUGUAGCUCAAAAAAUGACAAUGGGAGAAUGGACCAAAGGAAGAAAAAGAAUCAGGAGGACCAGACUGAUAUAGAGGAAAGAGAAAUUGACCUAAAAUUGCAUCGAUUUGAAACAGAAGAACACAUCAGAAGAAAACUUUGCCAUCAUGGAAUUAAAAAGCAAAGACUAACAAAUAAGAGCAAGUUACCUUCUCCCCAACAGGGAAGAACUUCAAGGAAAGACCAGAAAGAAGGACAAAUAAAUUCUUGCUGUGUUUCUAUGGAUAUAUUGGAUGAUCCAACUAUCAGGCAACGAGCAAUGAGAAAGACCAAUGUGAUAAACAGGAUGGAAAGACUUGAUGAGUCCAGGCCUACAUGUGCAAACUGGUGGCACAGAUUUAGUAAAACAGAUAUGAUCUGGAAUUGCUCUCCACCUUGGUUAAAAUGCAAAGACUUUAUCUAUACCAUUGUUAUGGAUCCAUUUUUCGAAUUGGCCAUUGCCACCUGUGUCAUUACUAACAUAAUUUUUAUGGCCAUGGAUCACCACCCAAUGACUGAGAAAUUCUACAAUAUGCUCUCUGUGGGAAACCUGGUCUUUACUGGGAUCUACACAGCAGAAAUGUUUUUGAAGAUAAUUGCUGUACAUCCAUGUAAUUAUUUUCAAAUAGGCUGGAAUAUAUUGGACAGUUUCAUUGUUUUACUUGCUUUAGUAGAGCUGUAUAUAUCAAAGAUUUAUGCUUUGUCAUUUCUCAGAUCAUUCAGACUGCUCCGGAUUUUCAAACUGGCAAAAUACUGGCCAACAUGUGAAAGACUGAUAAAGAUCGUUGUUUACUCUGUGAAGGCCCUUCAAGGCUUGUUAUUGGUAUUGUUCAUCACCUUGUUCAUUUUUGCGGUGGUUGGCAUGCAACAAUUUGGUGAAAGCUGCCAAGAACAUUUCUGCAACCCCGGUGUUGACUGUGCAUUUCCACGUUGGCACAUGAACGACUUCCUCCACGCCUUCCUGCUGAUGUUCCAAGUGCUUUGUGGUGAAUGGAUAGAGCCCAUGUGGGACUGUAUGAAUAUAGCAAGCCAAGGGAAAUGCCUUGUCUUUUUUGUAAUGAUGGUUGUUAUUGGAAAAAUGCUGUUACUGAUCCUGUUUGUGGCUUUGUUGAGCUCAUUCAGUUCAGAGAACUUUGCAGCAAUCCAAGUGAGCCCUGAAUCCAAUAAUCUCCAGCGUGCAAUGGAAAGGAUUCAAAAAGGAAUACAUUAUGUGAAACGAACUUUACUUGACCUCAUUACAAAAGCAUGUUCUAAGAAGCAGAUGAUUUCAAAUGAUAUCAAAAGAGAGGAAAAUCUAAAUAUGGAGAAGAAUAAUGUCACAUCCAACCAUACAGUUAAUGACAUGAACAAAAAUUUCCAGAAUCAUAAAGAUAGAAUCCAUAGCAUUGGAAUCAGUUUGGAGAAAUAUGCCAAGAACAAAAGUGAUUCUCCCUCACUUAUUCCUAAUCCUAGUUUCUUAGGACCAGCACCAAUUGCUGUUGGAGAAUCUGAUUUUGAAAAUAUCUGUGCCAAAGAAUUUAAGAAUGAACUGGACACUGAAAGCAGCAAAGAGAACCUCAGACGAAGUAGUUCUUCUGAAGAUAGCAUGGUUCCCAUCCUUGCCCCUGGGGAAGAAGAACAAGCAGUGGAAAAACCUCUGAAAUCUGAUGAGCCAGGGGCCUGUUUUACUUAUGGUUGUAUAAGGAGGUUUCCUUACUGUGAAGCCAAUGUGAAAUCUAGGAAAGGAAAGAUUUGGUGGAACCUAAGGAAGACCUGCUAUCGGACGGUAAAACACGGGUGCUUUGAGAUUUCCAUAGUUCUCAUCAUCUUUCUCAGCUCUACUGCUUUGAUCUUUGAAGAUAUAUACAUUGAAAAGAGAAAAACCAUCAAGAUUAUUCUAGAAUAUGGCGACAUGAUCUUCACUUAUAUCUUCAUCUUAGAGAUGCUUCUAAAAUGGAUGGCAUAUGGAUAUAAAACAUAUUUCAGUAAUGUCUGGUGCUGGCUGGAAUUCUUGGUUGUUAAUGUCUCUUUGCUUAGUUUGGUAGCCAAUUAUCUAGGAUACUCAAAACUUGCUCCUUUGAAAUCUCUUCGGAUGCUAAGAAUUUUAUCUGUAUAUGAAGAAGUAAGGGUGGUUUUGCAUAUUUUUUUAAAAGCAGUUCCGUCCAUUCUAAAAGCACUUCUGGUCUGCCUUAUGUCUUGGCUGUUUUUUAGCCUAAUGGGAGUUAACUUGUUUGCUGGCAAGUUCUUUGAAUGUGUUAACACCACAACUGGUGAAAGACUUUCUAGGACUAUUGUCUCCAAUUUUUCUGAAUGUAAGACGCUCAUCAACAGUAGUGGAGAUGUGCAAUGGAAGAAUGGAAAAGCAAAUUUUGACAAUGUCGGAAAUGGUUAUCUUUCUCUCCUUCAAUUAGCCACCUUUCAAGGAUGGUUGGAUAUCAUGAAUGCAGCUAUUGAUUCAGUUGAUGUAGAAAGUCAGCCUGAGUAUGAGAGCAAUCUCUACGUGUAUCUUUACUUUGUCAGCUUUAUUAUCUUUGGUUUGUUCUUCCCCCUGGUCUUCUUCGUUAGUGUUGUCGUUAAUCAUUUCAAACAACAAAUAAAGAACAUUGGUGGCCUAGGUAUCUUCAUGACAGAGAAUCGGAAGAAAUACUACAAUUUGAUGAAAAAGUUGGGGCAUGGGAAACCCCAAAAUCCAAUACCUCGGCCAAGGAACAAAUUCCAGAGAUAUAUAUUUGACCUAGUCACCAAAGAUGCUUUUGAGAUCACCAUUAUAGUAUUCAUCUGUCUGAACAUGGUGACCAUGAUGGUGGAAACAGAUACCCAGAGUGCCUAUACAAGCAACAUUUUGUACCAGAUCAACCUGGUGUUCAUUGGCUUCUUUGUGGGAGAAUGUGUGCUGAAACUCAUUGGCCUCCGCCAAUACUACUUUACCAUAGGCUGGAACGUCUUUGAUUUUGUGGUGGUCCAUCUCUCUAUUAUGGUUGUAUUACUGCCUCGAUUGACAGACAAGUAUCUCCUGACCUAUGCCGAGGUCCAAGUGAUCCGUCUCAUCAGGUGUGGAAGAGUCCUCAAUUUUAUUAAAGGAACCAAGGGCUUAGGUUUACUAAUCUAUGCUCUGAUGCUGUCCCUUCCUACUUUGUUGAAUAUUGUGCUUUUGCUUUUCCUUGUAAUGUUUAUCUAUGCUGUCAUUGGAAUGUCCCACUUCGCCUUUGUUAAAAAGGAUGCUGGAAUUAAUGACAUGUUCAACUUUGAAACUUUUGGCAACAGCAUACUUUGCCUCUUCCAAAUUACUACAUUUGCUGGCUGGGAUGGUUUGCUAGCACCGAUUCUUAACACAGGACCACCAGACUGUGACCCUCAAAAAAUUCACCCAGGAAGUUCUGUGAAAGGAGACUGCGGAAGUCCCUCUUUGGGGAUUUUAUAUUUUGUGAGUUAUAUCACUAUUUCUUUUCUGGUACUUGUAAACAUGUUCAUUGUUGUUAUCCUGGAGAUUUGCAGUGUUGUAACUGAAGAUAAUGCUCAGCCUCUGAGUGAGGAAGCUUUUGACAAUUUUUAUGAGGUUUGGAAGCAAUUUGAUCCCAAUGUCACCCAUUUCAUAGACUACAGUCAGCUCUCUGACUUUGCUGCUUCAUUGGAUCCUCCUCUUCUUAUAGCAAAGCCAAACAGAGUCCAGCUCAUAGCCAUGGAUUUACCCAUAGUCAGAGGUGAUCGAGUUUUCUGUACUGAUGUCUUAAUUGCUUUUACAAAGUACAUUUUGGGAGAAGGUGAAGCAUUUGGCUGCAUCCAUUUACCAAUGCGUAAGCAGUUUCUGUCAUCAUGUCUUUUUCAAAUUUCCUAUGAACCAGUUUCAACUACUCUAAAACGAAAACAGGAGGAGGUAUCAGCUCUUAUCAUUCAGCGUGCUUUUCGACGUUUCUGCAUAAGGCAAAAUGUAUUAGGUAUAUAUAAUAUCAAAGGUGAAGAUAGGGAGAACCUGACUAUUAAAGAAGACAUAGUAUUUGAUAAAGUUCAGAACUCACCUCUAGAGAAAGGAGGUGAUCUGAGCCCUUCUCCCACUUCCAUACAUUUGGAUAGUGGAAUAGAGCAAGACAGAGAGAAACAUGAAACAGACCAGACAGAAAAGGAAGACAAAGGCAAAAAUGAUGGGAAAAAGGAAAAGUAGGGAUUCUAUUUUGUCAGCAAUUAUGAAAGAGAUUUAUUCUAU